GUCCUCUCUUUUCUUUGCUUCUCUUCAAACUUUUCAAAAAGUAAAGAAUUAGAAAAACAACCCCUUUUUUCCAAUUUUCUUCCUCUCUUUUCCCUCUCCUAAUAUUCUCUCUCUCUUCAAAGCAUCAUUCAAAAAAACUUGUUUCUGCUUCCUGCAACUAAUCCUACAAUCACAAUGUUACUUGCUACAGUUGUUUGAACAUCUGGGGAUCUUUUCCUUUGAUUAAUACCUGAGAUUUUCAAGAUAUUCUUGAGGUUCUAUUAAUUUGUCUAUGAUACACUUCGGCAACUGUUUCUGCCUGAUCUUAGCUUUGGGAGUUGGGGUGGUUGUGACACCUAAUCCACUUUUGAGUUUGAGUAAAGCUGGUGUAGAACUGAAAUUUUCUUGGCAAGAAAAGAAAUAAAAGUUUUAUAUGUUCUUAUGCUAAAUUUUAAAUUAUGACAAGAGUCGGUCGAGAUUUUGGUAAUACAAUGCAAAAGGAGGCUGUUCCGCCUGUUUCAGCUGAUGUGGUCUUUGCUUCGAGUCGGUUCCCAAAUUACAAAAUAGGAGCAAAUAAUCAGAUUUUGGAGGUGAAAGAAGAUGUCAAGGUAUUAUCUAUGAAAGAGGUUGUAGCAAGGGAGACUGCUCAGUUGUUGGAUCAGCAGAAACGCCUCUCGGUUCGUGAUCUGACGAGCAAAUUUGAGAAAGGCUUGGCUGCUGCAGCCAAGUUGUCAGAUGAGGCAAAGCUAAGAGAGGCCGCUUCAUUGGAGAAACAUGUCCUUCUUAAGAAUCUUAGAGAUGCAUUAGAAUCAUUGAAAGGGCGCGUGGCUGGUAAAAACAAAGAUGAUGUGGAGGAAGCCAUUGCUAUGGUUGAGGCUUUGGCUGUGCAACUCACUCAGAGGGAAGGAGAGCUCUCUCAGGAGAAGGCAGAAGUAAAAAAGCUAGCAACGUUUCUGAAGCAGGCUUCUGAGGAUGCUAAAAAGCUUGUGGAUGAAGAAAGGGCUUUUGCUCGAGCAGAAAUUGAGAAAGCCAGAGAGGCUGUUCAGAGAGUUGAGGAGGCUCUUCAGGAACAUGAACGAAUAUCCCGGGCCUCAGGACAGCAGGACAUAGACGAGUUAAUGAAAGAAGUCCAAGAGGCUCGAAGGAUAAAGAUGCUUCAUCAGCCUAGUAAGGUCAUGGACAUGGAACAAGAGCUUAAGGCACUAAGGCAUCAGCUUGAAGAAAAGUCGAAGCGUUCUCUUCAGCUCCAGAAAGAGCUGGCCAUAAGCAAGAGUGGUGAGAGAAACAUGUAUGAAGUAGAUGGUACUGAAGCAUUGGGCUCAUAUUUAAGACUGCGUCCAUGUUCUGAAAAUGCACCAGACCUUUCAGAAUGUUCAUUGCAGUGGUAUCGGUUAACAUGUGAUACUGGAAAAAAAGAACCGAUUUCAGGGGCUACCAAACCAAUUUAUGCCCCUGAGCCGUUUGAUGUCAGCCGGACAUUACAAGCUGAGAUAGCAUUUGAUGGCCAGAAGAUAAUAGUGGAAACUACUGGACCUAUUGAUCCUGCUCCAGGUUUAGGGAACUAUGUGGAAGCAUUAGUACGGAGGCAUGACAUUGAAUUUAAUGUUGUCAUUAUCCAGAUGAAUGGCUCUGAUUAUUCAUCCCCGUCUAUACAUGUACUGCACAUAGGAAAGAUGAGAAUGAAACUCUGCAAGGGGAAAACAACCCUGACGAAGGAGUACUAUUCUGCUUCAAUGCAGCUUUGCGGCGUUAGAGGUGGUGGAAAUGCUGCAGCCCAAGCUGCUUUCUGGCAACCGAAGUCUGAUGUUUCAUUUGUAUUAGCUUUUGAGUCAGAAAGAGAAAGAAAUGCAGCUAUUAUGCUGGCAAGGCGGUUCGCAUUUGACUGCAAUAUCAUGCUAGCUGGACCAGAUGACAGAACUGCUAUCGGAUCCUAGAAAGUAGCUAGUUUUGAUGUAGGGAGUUGUAAUUAUACUGAUUUCACUGUAUUAUUUUGUUGUAAUUCUAGAUUGAGAAUGUAGUGAAUCUCUUGGUUGUAGUGUGUGGGUUGCCGCUAGCUCUUUGUUGCCUUUUCUUUUCCUUCUCUUCUCCAUUGUAGUAGGCAAAAGGCAGCCUUUUAGAGUGGCCGUCAAUUGAGAUGAGUUUGUACAUCUGUGUAUGUUAAACGCUUCAUUUUGAAUGAAUGAUAUGAUGAAUUAAUAUGCAGAAGAAUAGUAGAGGAAAUUGCUUGAGUUUCUAAAUAACUCUCAGAGAAUGUUGAUUGUUAUAAUGUCUUGUUUCUUUCUGCAACCCCUUUUCAUGUAAUCAUUUGUAUAAGAACUUUGGUACAAGGUUAGAUCUUGAUUCACGAUUUAGUUGUGGUUGAUGAUGAGAAUUUCUUUUUUUU